ACAACUCGGCUGCAACUGCAAGCAAGCGAGCGCCAGCCAACUCCCAAGAGCAAACCCACUAGUCUCUCCUCGUCCACUCCGUUUCCAUCGCGGCUUCCGAUCCAGUUCGAUCGCCGAGUCAAGCAUGUGCAAGGUCGUGAUCACGAUCCCGUCGCUCGUCUGGCUGCGCCGCACCGUGCGCCGGUGGCGGUCCCGCGCCACCGCCGCAACGGAGGCCUCCUCCUCGCGCUCCGGCGCCGCGGUGCCGGCGGGGCACGUGGCGGUGUGCGUGGAAGGCGGCGGGUGCGGCUCGAGGCGGUUCGUGGUGCAGCUGGCGCACCUCAGCCACCCGACGUUCCGGGACCUGCUGCGGCAGGCGGAGGAGGAGUACGGCUUCCCGGCGGCCCCCGGGCCCAUCGCGCUCCCCUGCGACGAGGACCACUUCCUCGACGUCCUCCACCGCGUGUCUUCGUCGUCGUCCUCGCGCUCCUCAUGCUGCUGCGGGCCGGCCGUGCGACGCGGGCGCGGCGACGCCCGGCCGCUGCUGCAGGGGAUGGCCGUGGAGAAGCUCGCCUGUUGAUUGAUCGAUCCGUCCGUCAUCGCCCUGCCAGCUGAAUCAAGACUCCGUACAUAGGCCAUUGGUCAGGUCGAUCAGUCCAUUGGUGAGCAAUGAGAUUGCUGCUGAAGUGCUGAUUCGUUCGGCAACCUGCAAGACUGCAAGAACGAACUCGCAUGCAACUCGCCGGCAGCGGCCACCAGCUCGAGGAGAAAAGGCGAACGCCCGGCCACAGGCGGCAUGGCAAGCGCUGGGGGUCAUCCCGUGCUCUACGAACGUCAAGGCGGCGCCCCAACGGCGACGGCCGCGGGGCAACUGGGGAGGCCACGGACACUAUUAACGCAGCUAGCUGUAUGGAUUUAGCUAGAAUUGCAGUAGAAAUUUAGGGAUACCUGUUCUCUGUAAUGAAUUCAGGAAUAAAGAAAAAUUUGUUCCCUGUACAACUAUUUUGUCCUGG